GAUUUCUUUAAGGUGUGAUCUUGUGUUUCUGCCCUGCAUCUCUGCUGCAUAGACUCUUGUUAAUAUCUGUUACAUGCUGCAUUGGUUUCUGAAGAGUUUAAAGCCGCAGAGAUGAGUGAAGCAGAAGACAAUGACAUUCUUGAGCUGGACUCAGAAACAGAGGAGGGAGACGUGGAGAUGAAUUUAAUGACAGAUGUGGUUUAUUCUGAAGAGUUGCCAACAUACAAAUCUAUGCCAAAAGGUCAAGCUGUGCCAAAAGUGGAACGGGCUGAAUUCAACGGUAACCCUGAUUCACUAUUUUUCAACGAUGGAAAGAGAAGGAUUGACUUCGUUUUGGUCUAUGAGGACGAGUCUAAAAGUGCAUCUGAGAAAAAAGGCUCAGUUAUGAGGAGAAGACAAAGACGCAGAGAGUUUUUCGAAGGAAGCCUGAUGAAUAUGGGUGUGGAAUUGGAAGCGACACAAUCCGUAGUGGAUGAGAAGCUCGUCUAUGUGAAAGUACACAUGCCUUUUGAGGUUUUGUGCACUUAUGCUGAAGUCCUGCACAUCAAACUGCCCAUCCAGCCCAACGAUCUGGCCCCGCAAUCAUCCGCGUACAACUGCUUCACGCACCACUUCUACCCCAGCGAGGACGUCAUCGCCAAGGAGGCCGACUUCUUCACGGCUCCUUUCCAGAAGGAUCAGCUGAAGUGUUUUUGGGUGAAGGACAGAGAGCAGUUCUUCACGCCGGCCAUGAGGAGCAGAAUGGCGUACUACAUCCUCAGCCGAGCGCCGUAUGACGUCAAAGGAAACGUGAAGAAGUUUGGCUUCAAUAAGCUGCUGGAUGGAGGCGUGUAUAAGGCUGCGUAUCCAUUACAUGAUUGCAGGUUUAAUGUGAAAUCUAAAGAGCCCGAUUGCCCUAAUGAGCGAUUUCUGCUGUAUAAUGAGUGGGCUCAUCCCAAGAGCUUCUACAAGAUGCAGCCGCUGGACCUGAUCAGGAAGUAUUUCGGUGAGAAGAUCGGCAUUUAUUUCGCCUGGUUGGGUUUCUACACAGUCAUGUUGACUCUCGCCGCUGCAGUCGGACUCGGUUGUUUCAUAUACGGAUACACAACCAGAGAGACCAGCACAUGGAGCAAAGAGGUGUGUGACCCUCGGAUUGGUGGAGAAAUCGUCAUGUGUCCGCAGUGUGAUGAAAUCUGUCCGUACUGGAGGCUGAACACCACGUGUGAGUCGUCUAAAAGACUGUGUAUAUUUGAUAACUAUGGGACGUUAGUGUUUGCCAUCUUCAUGUCUGUUUGGGUGACUCUGUUUCUGGAGUUCUGGAAGCGCUAUCAGGCCGAACUGGAGCACGACUGGGACACGGUGGAGUUUCUUCAGCAGGAGGAACAGCCUCGACCCGAAUACGAGGCCAAAUGCAUCUAUGAGAGAGUGAACCCUGUUACACAGGAAACAGAGAAGGUGCCGUACACGGCCUGUGGCAAGUGCAUGAGAGUGUCGUGUGGCAUCGGCACUGUGUUAUUCUGGGUUCUGUUGAUCAUAGCGUCGGUGGUCGGCGUGAUCGUGUAUCGUCUGGCGAUGUUUAUCACUUUCUCUUCGAAGCUGCGCUCUGAACUGUACAAUAGAAAGGAGCUGGAGCCGUUCAAAGAGUACGUCACCCCUCAGAUGGCCACGUCCAUCACGGCCUCCAUCAUCAGCUUCAUCAUCAUCAUGAUUCUCAACAGCGUCUACGAGAAAGUGGCCAUCUGGAUCACAGACUUCGAGCUGCCGCGGACCAAAACAGAGUACGAGAACAGCCUGACGCUGAAGAUGUUCCUCUUUCAGUUUGUGAACUAUUACUCGUCCUGCUUCUACAUCGCUUUCUUCAAAGGGAAGGUGGUGGGAUAUCCGGGACAGCCCGUCUACUGGCUGGGCAGCCUCCGCAACGAGGAGUGUGAUCCCGGCGGCUGCCUGACUGAACUGACCACACAGCUGUCAAUCAUCAUGACAGGAAAGGCCAUCUGGAACAACAUACAGGAAGUCCUUCUGCCGUGGGUGAAGAAUCUGAUGUUUCGUCAUUGCACCCAGGUGGGUUCAGAAAAAGUGAUUCCUCGCUGGGAACAGGACUAUCGACUCCAGCCGAUAGGAAAGCUCGGCCUGUUUUAUGAAUAUCUGGAGAUGGUGAUCCAGUUUGGUUUCGUGACUCUGUUCGUGGCGUCCUUCCCGUUGGCUCCUCUCCUGGCGUUGUUCAACAAUCUGUGUGAAAUCCGCGUGGACGCCUGGAAGAUCACGACUCAGUUUCGGCGGGUUGUUCCAGAAAAGGCCCAGGACAUCGGCGCCUGGCAGCCCAUCCUGCAGGGGGUGGCGAUUCUAGCGGUGGCCACAAAUGCUGCCAUCAUUGCCUUCACUUCUGACAUGAUCCCUCGACUGGUUUAUUACUGGGCAUUUUCCGUCAGCCCUUAUUCAGAUGGAUCUGACCACACUAUGACAGGCUACAUCAACAGCUCGCUGUCUGUGUUCAACAUUGCAGACUUCAAAGAGACGAUUAGACCGAGCGAGGAGAUCACACCGUACUGGUUUAACAACAUCACCACAUGCCGGUAUCGUGAUUUCAGGCAUCCUCCCAGUCACCCUAAUCAGUAUGACUUCAGCAUUUAUCAUUGGCACGUUAUUGCUGCCAAACUGGCUUUUAUGAUUGUGGUUGAGCACAUUGUUUAUUUCACCAAGUUCAUGCUGUCCUACAUGAUCCCAGACGUGCCGGAAGCUCUGAAGGAGCAGAUCAAACGGGAGCGUUACCUGACGCAGGUCAUCCUGCACGAAACCAACAUCAAACACUUCAAGGAGCUCAUGAAGCCCAUCGCUGACAAUCUGCAGAACGAGAUUGAGGAACCAGAGUUGGAUCUGACACUGUGAAGCCUUAAAAUGCCAACUCAUGUCAAACCUGAAACUACAUCUGUUACCGUCCUUCACCUUAAUCCAGUGUUACUCAUUGCACGGCUCACAAGCCUCAUGUGGCUCGCCAAGCUUUAAUUUGUGGCUCACAUGGCAGAUGGCAGUAAAUAAUGCGAUUAUAUGAUCAAUACAGAUAUUUAAUAAAAACAUUAAAAACAAGCAGGGCUAUAACUAAGCCAUUAAAUAAACUCACACAGUGUCUACACCAGACACGAACGUCGUGGUGCAACACGACAAAAGACAAUAGAACCCAUUAUAA